AUGCAGGACAAUGGUACGGUGCGCGUCACCAACACCGCGACUGUCGGCCCACGAACUGUCGACAUUGUCGGCACAGCUACGCCCGUAGACUCUGCCUAUGGCGCCGGCGGUGCUUUCGUUGUCAGCUUCCCUGGCACGCCAUCAACAGCAGAGUGCCCAGGACCCAACUACAUUGUGCAAGAUUACGCAGUCGAUUGGGCGAUUGUGCAGACGCAGAAGUGGAACACGUUGUACAUCUUGAGCAGGGUGCGACAGCCAGCCGCUGAAAGCAUCGAUGCAUGGAUUGAUCGCGCUGUGGCUUUCGGAUCGAACGCAUCCUCGAUUAUGAAGUUCAACCAGACGGGUUGCGAGUAG